UCACAGUGCCGGGGCGGAAGACUGUGGAGUUCCAGGCCGGCGGUUGCUAAGAGGACCUGGACUGAGCAGGAGCCUGAGCCUAGCAACUCGGGCUCCUCCGGGUUGCGCUUUCGCCGCUGUCAUGUCGCUGCUACAGUCAGCACUCGACUUCUUGGCGGGCCCAGGCUCCCUGGGCAGUGCUGCCGGCCGCGACCAGAAUGACUUCGUGGGGCAGACGGUGGAACUGGGCGAGCUGCGGCUGCGGGUGCGGCGGGUCUUGGCGGAGGGAGGGUUUGCAUUUGUGUAUGAAGCUCAGGAUCUUGGAAGUGGUAAAGAGUAUGCUUUAAAGAGGCUGCUGUCCAAUGAAGAAGAGAAGAGCAGGGCCAUUAUUCAAGAAGUCUGUUUCAUGAAAAAACUUUCCGGCCAUCCCAAUAUUGUCCAGUUUUGCUCUGCAGCAUCUGUAGGAAAAGAGGAGUCGGACACAGGGCAGGCUGAGUUCCUGCUGCUGACAGAGCUCUGUAAAGGGCAGCUGGUGGACUUUGUGAAGAGAAUUGAGUCUCGAGGUCCUCUCUCGUGCGAUACGGUGCUGAAGAUAUUCUAUCAGACGUGCCGAGCAGUGCAGCACAUGCACAAGCAGAAGCCACCCAUCACCCACAGAGACCUCAAGGUGGAGAACUUGCUGCUUAGCGACCAGGGGACCAUUAAGCUGUGCGACUUCGGCAGUGCCACGACCGUGUCGCACUACCCUGACUACAGUUGGAGUGCUCAGAAGCGAGCGAUGGUGGAGGAAGAGAUCACAAGGAACACAACGCCCAUGUAUAGGACACCAGAAAUCAUAGACUUGUACUCAAACUUCCCAAUCAGUGAGAAGCAGGAUAUCUGGGCCCUUGGCUGCAUCUUGUACCUGCUGUGCUUCCGGCAGCAUCCUUUUGAAGAUGGUGCAAAACUUCGAAUAGUUAAUGGGAAAUACUCAAUUCCUCCGAACGACACUCGGUACACCGUCUUUCACGAUCUCAUUCGUUCCACACUGAAGGUGAACCCAGAGGAGCGGCUGACCAUCACGGAGCUGGUCAACCAGCUCCAGGAAAUCGCCGCUGCCAGAAACGUGAAUCCUAAAUCACCCAUCACAGAGCUCCUGGAGCAGAACGGAGGCUACGGAAACACUGCCCCGACCCGGGGGCCGCCCCCUUCUGGGUGCCCGGGUGCCCGACCCUCAGGCCCUGUGAGCAGCGGGUACAGUGGAGGCCUGACUGUUGCAGAGUGUGACCAGUCCUACAGCGGGUUCUUUGACAUUCUCAGAGGCGGCACUGAGCGGCUGUUCACUAACAUCAAGGACACCUCCUCCAAGGUCAUUCAGUCUGUCGCUAAUUAUGCAAAGGGAGACUUGGAUAUUUCCUACAUCACAUCUAGAAUUGCUGUGAUGUCGUUCCCGGCCGAAGGCGUGGAGUCGGCAAUCAAAAACAACAUAGAGGAUGUGCGGCUGUUCUUGGACUCCAAGCACCCAGGGCACUACGCCGUAUACAACCUGUCCCCCAGGACGUACCGGUCCUCCAGGUUCCACAAUCGGGUGUCUGAGUGUGGCUGGGCUGCCAGGCGGGCGCCCAGCCUCCACAACCUCUACACCAUCUGCAGGGACAUGUACUCGUGGCUGAAGCAGGACCACAAAAACGUGUGCGUGGUGCACUGCAUGGAUGGGAGAGCCGCGUCGGCCGUGGUGGUCUGUUCCUUCCUGUGCUUCUGCCGUCUCUUCACCACCGCUGAGGCUGCCGUGUACAUGUUCAGCAUGAAGCGCUGCCCACCGGGCAUCUGGCCGUCCCACAAAAGGUACAUCGAGUACAUGUGUGACAUGGUGGCAGAGGAGCCCAUCACGCCCCACAGCAAGCCUAUCCUGGUGAAAGCCAUCGUUAUGACCCCGGUGCCCCUGUUCAGCAAGCAGAGGAACGGCUGCCGGCCCUUCUGUGAGGUCUACGUUGGAGACGAGCGUGUGACCACCACAUCCCAGGAGUACGACAAGAUGAAGGAGUUUAAGACUGAGGAUGGCAAAGCAGUAAUUCCCCUGGGCAUAACGGUGCAGGGAGAUGUGCUCAUCGUCAUUUACCACGCGAGAUCCACCCUGGGAGGGAGACUGCAGGCCAAGAUGGCAUCCAUGAAGGUGUUCCAGAUUCAGUUCCACACCGGGUUCGUGCCUCGGAACGCGACCACUGUCAAGUUUGCAAAGUAUGACCUGGACGCAUGUGACAUCCAAGAGAAGUACCCCGAUCUGUUCCAAGUGAACCUCGAGGUGGAGGUGGAGCCCCGCGACCGGCCGAGCCGAGAGGCCCCACCAUGGGAUAGCCUGAGCAUGAAGGGGCUCAAUCCCAAAAUCCUGUUCUCCAGCCGGGAGGAGCAGCAGGACAGCCUGUCCAAAUUUGGUAAGCCCGAGCUCCCCAGGCAGCCUGGCUCCACAGCUCAGUACGACGCCGAGGCGGCGGCACGGUUCCCGGAAGGGGAGCCCACGGGGUCGGACUCAGCGCAGAGCAGCAGCACCGACACAAACAGCCUCCUCCACACACUCGACUGGCACGAAGGGAAGGAAUCAGAAACUAGUGUCGAAAACAACUUUCUGAAGGAGAGCCAGUCCGCACUGAGUGAAGACAAAGAUGAGAGUGAACUGUCGGAUGAGGAAGCUGCCGCCUCUGCCGCCUUCUCCGGUGAGAGUCAGGAGGUCACAGCCGAGGAGGACGUGUCGGGCUGUGCAGGAAUGGCCGAAGAGCAGGACCUGAUUUUCGCGGCUGAGACACCCUCCCCACUGCAGGAGCCCACGCCAGAGGACAGCGUGGACCUGCUGGGGCUGCACUCGGAGGUGGAGCCGGAGCCCGUGCUCCCUGCGCAGGGUGCCGGAGGCUCCUCCAGCAAUGCUGACCUGCUCAGCGGUCUCUUUGUGCCCUCUGCGGCUGCUCCCGAGGGGCCCACGGGCGACCUGCUUGGCGGAGAGGCUGCGCUCUUCUUCCCCGGCCCCAGUGCUCCCCCAGGAGCUCAGAGCGCCCCCUGUGAGGGGUCCGCUGCAGCUGCUGACCCAUUCGACCCAUUCCUGAUGGCAGCUGACUCAGACGCUCAGACCUGCUCCAACCCUGAUCUCUUUGGCGAGUUUCUUCAUCCUGACUCCUCAGCCGCAGCCACGCUGCCUACUGCAUUCCCCUCCGCCCACAGCGCCCCGCCCCUGUCCUGCAGCUCGGACUUCCUGCACCUGGGGGAUCUACCAGCAGAACCCAGCAGGAUGACCGCCUCCUCCAGCCACCCGGACCUCUUAGGAGGAUGGGAUACCUGGGCUGAGGCUGCAGCGUCUGUGCCAGCCCCCAAGCCUGCUGCAGAAGGCCCCCUCUUCUCUUCUGGAGGUCAGCCAACAGCCCCAUCCGGCCCCUCUACAAGCCACACCAAGUCGCAGAACCUGGACCCCUUUGCUGACCUCGGUGACCUUGGCUCAGGCCUCCCAGGCACACCCAGUGGGUUCCCUCCUGGUGGCUUCAUUCCCAAGACAGCCCCUCCUCCCAAGGGCGGUGGCAGCUCCUGGCAGACGAGCCGGGCCCCCUCCCAGGGCACCUCCUGGUCCCCGCAGGCCAAGCCGCCCCCUGCCAAAGCCUGCCCGCAGCCGAGGCCUAACUAUGCCAUGAACUUCAGCGUGAUUGGGGGCCGCGAGGAGAGAGGCGUUCGUGCACCCAGCUUCCAUUAUUCUUUUCCAGCUCAAAAGCCCAAAGUUUCAGAAAAUGACUUUGAAGACCUGCUGCCCAAUGAGGGCUUCUCCUCUAAAUCUGACAAAAAAGGACCAAAGACCAUUGCUGAGAUGAGGAAGCAAGAGAUGGCUAAAGACACGGACCCACUCAAGCUGAAGCUCCUCGACUGGAUCGAAGGCAAGGAGCGGAACAUCCGUGCGCUUCUCUCCACGCUUCACACUGUGCUGUGGGAUGGCGAGGUCCGCUGGACGCCCGUGAGCAUGGCCGACUUGGUGACGCCCAGCCAGGUGAAGAAGCACUACCGCCGCGCCGUGCUGGUUGUCCACCCCGACAAGGCCGCAGGGCAGCCGUACGAGCAGCACGCCAAGCUGAUCUUCAUGGAGCUCAACGACGCCUGGUCCGAGUUCGAGAACCAGGGCUCCCGGCCCCUCUUCUGAGCCACGACGAGAUGGGGCUGCACGGGCAGCAGGCAUGGGGACUGACACAGGCCCAGAGCAGACACACCCCCCCACCGCCCCCAGUGCGCACCAGCAACUGUGGGUGUCAUGGCCGCCUCAGGGGUGGGGCACAGGGCGGCCUGUAGACUCCACAAAGCCCCUCAUCCUCCUGCCCGCCUGCCCACAGGCCCGUCCUCGCUCUGAUUGUGCAACAAGCACUAUUCCAAGGACACAAGACGGGAGAGCCAUUCCAAAGCCACUGA